UGAUUUGUAACUUAUUAACUUCAUCAUCACGCCGAACCCUACAAGUGAACGAACAACUUGUUCGAGCCCAAUUCUCUUUCAAGAAUUCGAGAACAAGAAUUCAGUGCCAAAUGCUAUUAGUUGAAUUUCCCUUUGUCUCAGUUGUUCACAACUUGUUCUCCUUCGGAAGUGGAAAGCAGGUUAGGUAUUCAAAUUGCAUAGUGGCAUGGAGACUAAUCUUGGGUCAAAACAACUAAUAAAGAAGCAUGAAUUUUUGAGGGUCAUCAUUCAAUGUCUCUAUUCUUUAGGCUAUGGGAAGUCUGCUGUAUGUUUGGAAUCAGAAUCUGGGAUUGCCUACAAAUCUGUUGAAUUUGAGACCCUCGAGUCCCAUAUUCGUUAUGCUAACUGGGAUGCAUGUAUUGACACCCUUAAUACACUUAAUGACUUGAGCAGUGAUACAAGAGCUUCAGCUUUGUUUCUUGUUCUUAAACAGUGGUUUGUUGAAAAUUUGAAUCGUGGGGAAGAUUCUUUAACUUUGGAGAUUUUACAGAAAAGGAUAUCUGGUUUAGAAGUAGGGAGGGAAAAGGUUCAUAAUCUUGCUUUUGGAUUGCUUGCUUUGAAGGAAUUAGGGUUGGAUAAGGGAGAUGAUCCUGAUGUUGUCGAUAAAUUUCGAAAAGAUUUGCUGAUGGAACUUGAAAAAGCACUGCCGCCACCUAUUACAUUGCCGGACAGAAGGUUAGAGUACUUAGUUGAAAUGGCACUAUGGUCACAGAUAGAUAAAUGUGUGUUUCAUAAUUCAGUUGAUGGAAUUUCACUCUAUGAAGACCACCAUUGUGAUGGGAGUCAGUUUCCUAUAAAGACCAUUCAGAUCCUGACUAACCACAUAAAUGAAGUCUGGUAUGUCCAGUUCUCAAACAAUGGAAGCUACCUGGCCUCAUCAUCAAGUGACAAAACGGCCAUCAUUUGGAAGGACCGCAAAACGGGACAGACAAUUGGCAUAGGACAUGAAUCACAAGGCCUUUACCAUCUCACCGCUUCAAAUUCCUUCACAGCAUACUCCGCUACAGAUUCUCCCAACCUUAUUCACAAACGUUUGGGACAUCCUAGUCUAUCCAAGCUACAAAAGAUGGUGCCUAGUUUGUCUAGUCUAUCCAUAUUAGAUUGUGAGUCGUGUCAACUUGGGAAACAUAUCCGUGCUACAUUUUCACGUAGUAUUGAGAGUCGCUCAGAGUAUUUUCUCUUUAGUUUAUUCCGAUAUUUGGGGUCCUAGUAGAGUCAGUUCACUGUUAGAAUUUCGUUACUUUGUUACUUUCAUCGAUGAUUUUUCAAGAUGUACUUGGGUUUACUUAAUGAAAGAUCGUUCCGAGUUAUUCUCUAUAUUCAAAAGUUUUUGUCCUGAAAUACAAAAUCAAUUUGGUGUUUCUAUUCGUGCUUUUCGGAGUGAUAAUGCCUUAGAAUACUUAUCCUCCUAGUUUCAGGAGUUUAUGACUCAUCAAGGAAUCAUUCACCAAACAUCAUGUCCAUACACCCCUCAGCAGAAAGGUAUAGCAGAAAGAAAAAAUAGGCAUCUCAUUGAGACUGCUCCCACUCUUAUCAUUGAAUCCCUUGUUCCAUUGCGUUUUUGGGGCGAUGAGGUCCUCACAUCUUGCUAUCUCAUUAACAGAAUGCCAUUAUUUUCGAUCCAGAAUAAGGUUUCCCAUUCCAUACUAUUUCCUCAGUCACAUCUCCACUCUAUCCCCCCUCGUGUUUUUGAGAGCACAUGUUUUGUUCAUAACUUAGCCCCAGGAAAAGAUAAAUUAGUCCCUCGUGCUCUCAAAUGUGUCUUUCUUGGUUACUCUCGAGUUAAAAAAGGGUAUCGAUGCUAUUCACCUGAUUUGGGUCUCUACUUUAUGUCCGCUGAUGUCACAUUCUUUGAAUCUCAACCUUACUAUAUAUCUUCUGAUCAUCUUAAUAUCUCUGAGGUUUUACCCAUAUAUCCGGUCUUACCCACACCAAUCUUUGAGGAAUCUACAGUUACUUCUCCAUCUCCAGCCUCAGUGUAACCACGUUUGACUUAUCACCGACGCCCACGUCCAGUAUCAGUCCCAGAUAAUUCAUGUCCUGCGUCUGAUGCUUCCUCUACUGCAGACCUGCCUCUUCCUAGUCAAUUAGUUGCACUUUAAAAAGGUAUAAGAUCCACUUGUAAGGCUAACCCACAUUAUACUUUCUUGAGUUAUCAUCGUUUGUCAUCACCUAUUAUGCUUUUGUAUCAUCUUUGUCCUCUAUUUCCAUUUCUUAGACUACAGGUGAAGCACUUUCCCAUUCAGGAUGGAAAUAGGCUAUGAUUGAUGAGAUGUCUGCUUUACAUACGAGUGGUACUUGAGAGCUUGUUUCCCUUCCUGCAGGUAAAUCUACUGUUGGUUGUCGUUGGGUUUAUACAGUCAUAGUUGGUCCAGAUGAUCAGGUUGAUCGACUGAAGGCUCGCCUUGUUGCCAAAGGAUAUACACAGAUAUUUGGGUUUGAUUGUAGUGACACUUUCUCUCUCGUGGCUAAAAUAGUAUCAGUCCGUCUUUUUCUCUCUAUGGCUGCCAUUCAGCCUUGGCCUCUUUAUCAGUUGGACAUUAAUAAUGCUUUUCUGUAUGGUGAUCUUGAGGAGGAAGUUUAUAUGGAGCAACCACCUGGUUUUGUUGCUCAGGGGGGAGUCUAGUAGCCUUGUAUUUCGAUUGCGCAAGUCACUCUAUAGUUUGAAACAAUCCUCUCCAGCCUGGUUCGGAAAGUUUAGCACAGUUAUUCAGGAGUUUGGCAUGAUUCGUAGUGGAGCUAAGCAUUCAGUGUUUUAUAGCCAUUCUGAAUCAAAUCUGUGUAUUUAUUUAUUUGGUGGUUUAUGUUGGCGGUAUUGUUAUCAUCGGCAAUGAUCAAGAUGGUAUCACUAACUUGAAGCAAUAUCUCUUUCAACAUUGUCAGACUAAAGACCUUGGCAGAUUGAAAUACUUUCUAGGGAUUGAGGUUGCUCAGUCCAGCUCAGGUAUUGUUAUUUCUCAACGCAAGUAUGCUUUAGACAUUCUUGAGAAAACAGGAAUGAUGGGAUGUCGACCCAUUGACACUUCUAUGGAUCCAAAUGCUAAACUUCUGCCAGGACAGGGGAGCCACUCAGUGAUCCUGAAAGGUAUAGGUGGUUGGUUGGAAAGUUGAAUUAUCUCAUAGUGACUAGACCUGAUAUCUCUUUUCCUGUGAGUGUUGUAAGUCAGUUUAUGACUUCCCCCUGUGAUAGUCAUUGGGAUGUAGUUGUUCGGAUUUUGCGAUAUACAAGUCAUCUCCAAGUAAAGGACUACUCUUCGAGGAUCGAGGCCAUAAGCAUAUCAUUGGAUAUACAGAUGCUGAUUGGGCAGGAUCACCCUAUGAUAAACGUUCUAUAUCUGGAUAUUGUGUUUUAGUAGGAGGUAAUUUGGUGUCCUGAAAGAGUAAGAAACAGAGUGUGGUUGUUCGAUCUAGUUCCGAAGCAGAAUAUCGAGCAAUGACUGCAGCAACUUGCGAGCUGGUUUAGAUCAAGCAAUUGCUGAGAGAAUUAAAAUUUGGAGAAACUGGUAAGAUGGAACUUGUAUGUGAUAACCAGAUAACCCUUCAUAUUGCAUCUAAUCCAGUGUUCCAUGAGAAGACCAAGCACAUAGAGAUUGAUUGUCACUUUGUCAGAGAAAAGAUGCUCUCGGGAGAUAUUUUUACAAAAUUUGUGAAGUUGAGUGAUCAACUUGUAGAUAUCUUCACCAAGUCUCUCACCGGUUGUCGUAUUAAUUACAUUUGUGACAAGCUUGGUACAUAUGACUUGUAUGCACCAGCUUGAGGGGGAGUGUUAGAAUACGAAUAGGAAUAACAUAUUAAAUUCUACUUGGAAAGGGAUUGUAAUGUAGUGUCCUAUUAGGAAUAGGAUUGAUAUGUAGUGUCAAUAAAUAGGGUCUCAAUGUAAUAAUUUAGAAACAACAAUUCAAUAAUAUUUUUCUCCAUUAUUUCUCACACUACCAAGGUUGAUAUUUAUCAGCACCUAUGAUGCUCAGACUCUUCAAAAAUGUAGUUAGGUGUAUGUUGGAUCCUUCAAAAAGUAGUGCAUUUGGAGGAUCCAACACCGGUCCGUCCACAGUUUUGGAGAGUCCACACAACGUAGAUUAUAACACAUAGGCUUAUAUCUUAACUAUUGCACUUAUUACAUAUCAUCUCCUUCCAGCACAGGAACGAUAGGUCCGGUACUCUACCCACCAAGUUUUAUGUUGGUGAGAAGGAAUAACUUAGCAUUUUUUGCCACGGCUAGGAGUUGAUUUCAGCACACAUCGUUAAUCGCUACAUACUAGCCGUAGUAUCGUAGUCCAUGCUUAUUAUAUCUAUCAUAGUCUGUUGUUUAUGUGUUUCGAUUAUCAUACUAUUUAUAGUUCUUGUUUAUUUCUUGUAGACUUUGCAAUGUUUCCCGUGUUGCUAUAUUUUCUUCACCAUUUCUUCUCCUUCGUACUUUGAAUUGCUACACUUGAGUCGAGGUCUUUCGGAAACAAGCUCUCUACCUCCAUGAGGUAGUGGUAAGGUCUGCGUAGACUCUAGUCUUCCUAAACCUCACUUGUGGGAUUUCACAGGGCAUGCUGUUUUGUUUGUUGUUAUCGUUAACCGUUACGCCACACCUUUGGGUGCACUGCACUAAAUCCGAGCGAUCUGUGGAAGGAGGGAAAAGUUCACCAUCCAGAGUUGGAUGCUUCAUAUAGGAUCAAAAUUACUAAUUAGUGGGUUCAGUAUCUUCCAAGUAUCAUCCAAGACAAAGGUAGUCACCACAAUUAAUUUCUUACCUUACUGAAUGGUAAAAGUGCGAUUUCAAAUUACUAUUCAUACUCCAAAUGAACUAUGUUGGAGAGCAUGUAAAUGACUAUUGACAAUAAUUUUAAUUGUAUGCUGCCUCAAGAACUUAUUUCUUUUGAUAAAGAUAAGAGAUACUUUUGAUAGGAUUAAAACCUUGCAUCUCGGUGGUGUAUGCGGAAUUGUGACAACUAAGCUGCAGAAUUAGCAUUUUAUCAAGCAAUAAAUUUCAGCUACUCCAGCAACUUGAUGAACAUUUGGAGGUGUAGUAGCUAAGGUCCGGUUGUAUUUUAAUUUUCAAGAAAAAUGGACAGCAGUCAUGUUUACUUGGCCAUUGGAAAGGCAGAGAUAAGUCUUAAUAGGAAUGGCAACAGGGCGGUGUGGGUUUUCGGCUAUGAGGUGUGGUGCGGGUUUUAGGCUAUGUGGGUGUGGGGCGGGUUGAAAUAAAAUUUUCAGAAUUGAUGCGGUGGGUGUAUGCGGGUUUACUGGUAUUUUUUUUGCAGAACUGAUUUCUGUUCUUAAAAAGGUUAUAUGGUCAAUUUGCAUGACUUAAAUUCAUUUUAAUUUUAUCUGCAUACACUUUAAUUAUCUUCCUUUGAUAGAUAUAUGCUUUGAAUUUGCUCUUUUUGUCAAACUAAAAUAUGGUAAAACAAUAUCAUAACUUUUAACCUCUAAGCUUCUAGAUUUUCUCAUUCACAAAAAAGAUAUCCAAAAAAGAUAUCUUAUUUCUUGAUUCAUCGGCUGUCAACCGAAAAAGGUUCUACAACAUAACAUUUUUUAGUUUCACUUUUAAUUUUGGACAGAUCAAUAUACGCAAAUCUAUAUUUGAGAACAUAAAUUACAAGAAUUUAUAUAAAAUAAUCAAAAGCUAUUCAAAAAUUAGGCACCUACUUACUAACUAAAUGAUUGCUUGUGGAAUUAAUUUGGCUUUGGAGCUUUUUCAAAUAAAUUUGGAAAUUUUCCAGAAAUAUUCACAGCCAAAAGGGGCUGUCCUUUUGAGUCCUAAAACAUUUAGAAAAAAAAGUUUUUUGUUUUAAAAAAAUGAUAGCAAAUUAUGCUGGGUGGGUCUGUGCAUCGUAGAGUGGGUUGAACAGAAAGUUUGCUAUGUGGGGCGGAGGCGUAUUGGAGUCUUUGCGGGUUUACGCGGGUUUGCACCGCAUUGCCUCACACCAUUUGUCAUCCGUAAGUCAUAGGAUCAAUCUGAAACACUCCAAAUUUUUGGCCCUUGAAAAUUCUUGAGCUUUGGGCUUACUUCCUUGGUCACGACUCGUGGUGACGAGUCGUGAGAUGUGGUUACGGGUCGUAGGACCCUGGUCGUAACCAAAUCAGAAACUUAGUGGCAAGGUUCAGCUCUGAGUACGAGUGUCUCACUAUGAGCCGUGAGGAUAUGUUACGAGUCGUAGGUUCAAAUCGUAGGAUGCUGAGUGUUCAAUUCUUUUAGGUGUUGUGUUGCUCACGACUAAAUCUUACGAGUCGUAAGAUCUCUUUACGAGUGGUUUGGUGGAGUCGUAAGGUGCGCAAUGUAUGGGGGUCCUAGUCACUGUCUUGGUUACGACUCGUGGUCACAAGUUGUAAGGAGGGGUUGACUCGUAGUCAAAGGCGGGUUUUUUCUAGCUUUUAAGUUGAGGACACUUCGGACAUUUCCCAUUUUAACCCCUUGGACCCCACAACUUAAAGCUCCUUAGGACUUCAUUGUCACCUCAUUCCUAAUAAAACAUUCUCAAAUUCUCUCUCAAACUCUCUGUUCAAGUUAAGGCUAGGAUUUCAAAGAAAGUGGUCAUUUAGUGGUCAUCUAGGGUUCUAAGGGUGCUUUCUUCUCCAAAUUUCUUGGUACUCUUCCCUCAUUGUUAAUUUUGCAAAAGCAUGUGAUUUGGAGUGCUGUUUAUAAGGUUAUGGUUUUGGUUUUGAAAACCAAAAGGUUGGGGUUUUUGAAUGUUAUGAAUUCAAGGGUUUUGAAUGUUAUGAAUUGAAUAAUGUUUCCCAUGGUUUAUACAUAUGAUUUUCAUGCUUUUAAUAUGGUUUUGAACUUGUGGGUGUAUGAGUAUGGUGAAUGAAUUAGGGAAUUGUAACUUUCCCAAACUUGUAACUUUUGAAGUGGUUAUAACCCUAACCAUAUAAUGUGAAAUUGGUUUUAGUUAUGAGAACUGUGGAAAUUUGUAAAAUUGAACUAGUCUUGAACUAUUUCGUGAUGUAAAGAAGUAUUUGAAAUACAAUGGUAUGAUUUAAUGAACAAAGGGAGUCGGUGUUCCCCAAUGUGUAUUAAUGAACAAAGGGAGUUGUUCUCUCUAAGUUAAUGGAGGUUGUUUGGGCAUGAUGUGUUACCUUGCAAAUGUGGUUGGUAUAAUGAUACCAACAAUGUAUGCCUAAAUAUGUAUCGAGGUUCAUUGAAUGGGAAUGUGUGACAACUGUUUUAAUUGGGUUCUAGUAAGGGUUGUGUAGUGGAGUCGUGAAAGUAGACGUCCGAGUGACCGAUACUGAAAAUCGUGUUUGCCGACGCGGGGGUCAAAGUGACCAGGGAUUAUUAGGGAUGUUUGAGUCCCCCGUAAAUCAUUAUAUGAUCGGGUGCUGAAGUCACUUGGUAUAUGUUGGAGGGUUCGAGUCCCCUAUGUGCAUAUAUAUGAGAUUAUUCUUCGGUUCGUGUGACUAUGCGCACUGGGGCCCAAUCAAGGGGUGAGAGCUGCGGCCCAUAUAGCCCGUGGGUACUAUUAUAUAAUGGUUGAGCUACACAAUCUAGGCUAAAGUUUUGAAAAACAUGUUAAGCCUUGUUCCCUAUCCCGGCAUGUGACAUAUAUAGCUAUGUACUUGCAUUUGACUAUGUGCACUAUCUUUUAAAUGAUUUUAACUGUUGAUUAUAUCAUUAUGUUAUUCUUAUCCCCGAGUUUCAUGCUAGUGUUCAUCCCGCUAACCGUCUUCGGCCGCUGUAUCCCUACG